GUGAGCGGGAGAGAGGAAGGGUGGGAGGGAGCAUGCCGGCUGGAGAGAGAGAGAGAGAAAGAGAGAGAGAGAGAGACGUAGUGAGGGAGAGAGAGCGAGGAAAGAGAUUCUCACACUGGCUGUGUCCUAAUCCGAGUCCAUCUCCAAGAAGCAGCGGAGCAGAGUGUUGGUGAAGUGAGUCUGAGAGCCAAGGAGAGCUACAUCAGCUAGCUCCACUCACACAAACACACACACUCUCUCUCUCUCUCUCACUCUCUUUCUCGCCCUUUCUCUCUCUCUCUGUCACACACACACACUUUUGUGCAACGGGAGUCUGCGAUGUGUCCGGCUGCACGGCCGCGGCUUUUGUGAAAGUGAGGGGAUUGACGCUGCCCCCGUCCCAGCCCCCUUCGGCUCACACACACAGUGUUUGUUUGCUGUGUUUAAGCUCGAGGUGCUGGUGGUGGAGGUGGUGUGGUGGGGGGGCAACGCCAGGGCAGAGCAGGGGCUCCGUAGAGAGGAGGAGGAGGAGGAGAAGAAGAAGAAGAGGAGGAGGAGGGAGACAAAGUGGAUCAGAUCAACAGCAGCAGACUGAACGCUGGAAAUGCCCGUCAGGUCUGAGUCCAUCGCACCCUCAACCAAUCAGAGCCUUCGUUAACGGCGGCGUCGGCGCGUGAUUGGGAGAAGGAUGGCUACCAUGCCGUUUGUCAGCGAGGGGAAGUGUGUGAGUGUGGAGUGGGAUUUCCUACAAGGACUACUGGCCAAGCCUCCCACCCUUCCCUGCCUCCAGAACCUGCGUAAAGAGAAGUCUCGCAAUGCGGCUCGUUCACGGCGGGGGAAGGAGAAUUUUGAGUUCUUUGAGCUGGCCAAGAUGCUGCCUCUGCCGGGGGCCAUCACCAGCCAGCUGGACAAGGCCUCCGUCAUCCGGCUGACCAUCAGCUACCUGCACAUGCGCACCUUCGCCAACCUGGGAGACCCGCCAUGGAACCCUCUAAUGGAGGGAGACAGCAACUGCAGCAAAGUAAGACGAUCAUCCCAUUCUCUGGCAACUGACAUAUUUGAGCAGCACCUCGGGGCACACCUGCUGCAGUCUCUGGAUGGCUUUGUGUUCGUGGUCAGUCAGGAGGGACGUUUCCUCUACAUCUCAGAGACAGUUUCUAUCUACCUGGGACUCUCACAGGUGGAGCUGACCGGCAGCAGCGUGUUUGACUACAUCCACCCGGCGGACCACGUGGAGAUGGCCGAGCGGCUGGGGAUCAGGCCGCAUCUGAGGGCCGAGGCCGGCUGCCACACGGGCCCCGAGAGCGCCUCCAGCUCCGCAUCCACCUCCUCGCUGGCCGGUACCCCUGAACCCGCUCCGUCUAGUCCUCAUUCUCCUGCUGACGAGCCCCCCGACCGCGGCUACUUCAUCCGCAUGAAGUCCACGCUCACCAAAAGAGGCCUGCACGUCAAGUCCUCUGGAUACAAGGUAAUCCAUGUGACGGGACGAAUCCGCUGCCGCCCCGCACAUGUGCCCGGCUCCACGCGCUCGGUGCGUCGACCGAUGGGUUUGGUUGCGCUCGCACACACCCUCCCGCCCUCCACGCUUAAUGAAGUCCGCAUGGAGAGCCACAUGUUUGUCUUCCGAGUGAACAUGGACCUACAGGUCACAUACUGUGAGAACAGGAUCUCAGAGUAUAUGGAUCUGACCCCAGCAGAGGUGGUGGGACACACCUGUUACCACUUCAUCCACGUAGAAGACCUGGAAAACCUCCGACAGAGCCACGAGGACUUGCUGAGGAAAGGCCAGGUGGUGACCGGUUACUACCGCUGGCUGCAGAGAAGAGGAGGCUACCUGUGGAUCCAGUCCAGCGCCACCGUCUCCAUAAACCACAAAGCCCCCCACGAACGCAACGUCAUCUGGGUUAACUACGUCCUGAGUCGAACAGAGCUGCCCGACACCCCCCUGGAUAUAAUGCAGCUACCAGAGAACGUAAGAGCGGAGCGACUUCGAGUGAGCUCGUCCCCCACCGACAGCGCCCCGCAGGCCCGAGGCUCGCAGCCAGCGAAGAGCUCAGUGGGGAAGAGUGACCCCGACACUAAAGGCAGAGAGAAAUUCCCCGCUGCUGCCAUCCAAUCAGAGGACAGGAGGAAGCGCCUGCUGAGGUCUGAACCCGAGGGCGCUCCUCCCGAAACCCGCCGCCGACUGGAGGACCUCCGCCACCAGGAGGAGAGCGUGUCGGCCUCCUCUGACCUGGCGAGCGAAAGCGAGGGGGAGGAGGAGGAGGAGACGGAGUGGGACCAGGGGGGAGACAGUGACAGGUUGAAACAGGAGGACAGCGGGGGAGUUAAACAGAGUCGGGGAGGAGACACGCCCACUAGAGGGGAGCGGGGGAGCAGGGUGCACAACGGCCGGGCUGUGAUCCAGCAGCUGAAGAGCGUGGUGACCCCGUCCCCCAGCAUAAAAACUGAACACGAAGCCCUGACCACCGGGGGGCGCUGGGGGUCCCACACACAAACCUCCAGCUCCCACACACACACACACACCUCCCAGCCGCAACCCUCACACGCACACACGCCCUCCAGCAGCCUGAACGGCGACAGCCCCACCACCCCCAUCCCCGACUCCUCCUCCAGCAGCGAGGCCCCCCCGAAAGGCUUGUUCACCCCCCCGUCCCCGGCCCUGUCCCCCGCUAUGUCCGUGUCCUCCCCGCUGCCCCGCGAGGACAGAGUCGUGUCGGGGGUGGUCAGUCGGAGCGGCGGCGGCGUCGGUAGCGCUCCUGACUUUGAGCUGCUGCAGAGACUGGCUGCAGGAGGCGCAGCGGGGCGGGUCCUCUUCCACCCCCUCGCCCUCGGCCCACAGGGCCCUCAGAGCCUCUACGCUCCCAGCACGAUCCGCUACGCUCCACCUGAGAUGCCCCCCUCCCACCACCACGGAGUAGAACACAGCGAUGGCCUGCAGCUACGCUCGGACCACCACAAGGGACACCCGCCAGCCUUCUUCCCCCACCUACAGCGGUUGGCCGGCUUGCCACCCUUCAGUGGUUUCUCCCCGUCUGACAGCCCUUUCUCCUCCGGCCUGCCCUUCUGUAUGAAUGGACUGAGGGGGGCUGCAGGCUCCGAGGAGGACUGAAGGGAGGAGAGGAUGAAAAUGAAGGACGGAGCAGAGUGACAGACCAGAAAGAGAGACGUUGAAAAGGGCAGGAGAGACAGAAGUGGCAGGACAUUAAGCCUCUGAGGACGUUACUAAUUGGACAAUGAGCUGAAUAACUGCGAUUUAAAAUAUGUGACAAGUCGCUGCCAUCGGGGAUUAUUGUGACAGUGACUCUCGGAGAAAACGGGACAUGGAAACUUUUGACUGGUCGUCCCUCCAGACUUUCUGUCUCUGCAACAAUAAUGAACUCCGCUCUGUGUCUUUCUCUAGAUGACUGUGUUGAUUUCUGUGUCUCUUCCACUCAGAGAAGCCAUAUUGUAUAUAGAGACAAAACCAUAAAGACCCUCAGCUCACACCCUCCUCACUGUCACUCCAAUUAACCCCAUUAACCCUAAAGCCAGUAGAAAGAGAUGGACACUUGUCUGUAGGAAUGAAAGCGACUUUGGAAUAUACAUUUUUAUUAUUGCAGUAUUAUACAAAUCAUCUCUUACGCUGUAAGAACUUGAUUAAAGGGUUUCCUUUUAAAAUAGACGGAGAAAGCCCUCUGGUGUUUUUGUAUUGAGAUUCAAAAUGAUAAUGAUAGAAAAAAAUCUGAGUAUUCAUCCGUCAGCCAUACUUAAAGCACACUGUUGGGACAAAAAUAUGAAUAAUGUAGUCCCAGACAUUCCAUUAUAUAUAAGGGAAGAAAAUGCAAUGCAGACAGGACGUUAUUUCUGUUUUCUGAUUAUAGGAAGCUCGUUUGUUUAACUGAGUAUUAAUUAUAGUAUAUUCUGUAUGAUGCUGCGCUUGUGUUUGUGUAUGAAAGCCAUAUUGUUUUUAUUUUUAAAGUUUUGUAAUUUUUUUUACCAGAUGGAAGGAUGGUGUGAAAUUUGUGUCGAGACAGACUAAAAAACAUUGUUUAAUUGGAUGUACAAGACCAUCCUUUUUUUUUUCUCUCUCUCUCUUUAAAAAAAAAUAUAUUUCUGAAAAUGUUUUUAAGAGGGGAAAUGGUGCUGGACACAAGUGUUUGUUAUCAUUUAAACUUCUGUGUUUUUUCUGAGCACUUACUGAAAUUUGUUCUGGUGUGAACUCAAAGCACUUCAUCACUUAACACUCACAGUGUGAUCCUGUUAAAACAGAAAACAAUGCAAGAGUGGUCACUAAUAUCAUAUCCUAGUGGAGGGGAUAAAUAAACAGACCUGUGGUCAUUAAAAGACGACCAUAAGAGGUCAAUAAAAAUAACUCUGAUAUUGGUUUCAGUUCAACUCAGUCAACUGGAAGUAAAGUUUUAAAUUAGAAGGUGGAAAUAUAAAACACUUUAAAUUUCUGUAUCGCACUGAUUGAUUGAAAUUCCUCUCAGGAGUGAAAAAAACAAACAAACAAAACACUUUUUAUAUAAAAAAAAAUGAAUUAGGAGUUUUUUUUAAGUAGUGCAUUUCAGAUGAAGUGAGUCACAAACAGUUUGGCGGACUUAAAAAAAAAAGAUACUCGAACAAAUUGAGAAUCUUCACUUCAAAAUGGGGUGUUUAACAUGUGAAAAUGUGACCCUUUUUUUUUAGAAAAUGAUUGCACCAAUACACCAAAAUGCAUUCUUGAAAAAUAAUGUGACAAUAAUAGAACAAUAAUCAUCACUUUAAAAAUAAAGUGAUCCAUGAUGUGAUCAAAAUACACCUAAAUUUAUAUUAUCUGUUGAAAACCAAUUCUUCCAAAAUGAUGCCAUAAAGUUCCACAUCCUAUGUUAAUUAUUUUUCUUUGCUUCCAAAUUGAGAUUAUGGUUGACUGUCUGAUCUGAGGGUGGAAAUCUCUGAUGUUCUGAUGUCUGACAGAAAAAAAAGAGGAAAAAAUAUUUCCAACUGUUCAGAUCCGACGUGCACUACACACCCAUACUGUAGCUGUCAAAUGCAAAUGUGUGUGUGAGCACACAUAUUGGGUGUUUAAUGAUAUAACGUGUGUGUGUAUGAUUGCGUGCGUGUGCUUGUACAAAUGUGUAUGUUUUUAUUUUUUAUUUUUGUUUUUAUUUUGAAUUAAAUAGCUAACCCCUUGCCCAUCACUGUGAAUCUAACGUUACCCCCCCCCCCCCCCCCCCCCCAUCUCUGUGAAUACCCCACCCACUCAUCA